UGCUCAGUGGAGCUGCAGGUCUGAAUGCAGAAACACAAAGGAGGCCUCGACAGAGCAAAACAGGCGGAAAGCUAAAAACGGCCACUCGUACUGAAAAUGAUACAGAACAAUACGGCUUUCCUGAGCGAUAUUAAAUAUCUUUGCUAGGAUUCCGUCGUUGUUUUUCGACUACCUGUAUGUUUGCUGGUUAGCGGGCGUCAUAUUACGCUUUCGACAUGGAGACAUGUUCAGUCUUUCAGGUAGCUAAGCGAGAGGACGACGGCGAGAUGUACACACUGAAACCUGAAAUCAUGGCUUACAAAACGGCUGCUCACUGGAGACGGGAGACUUCAGAAGCUCACUAAGAACGGUUUAACAAUGUGACCUGAAGCCAAGAAGCAGCAGGUGUCUGGGAGCUAAGGCAAAUACCAAGAUUUGUCUGUCACCCAAGGAUCAUCCCUUUUGAAAGGUAGUUUAGAAGCAAAAGUGGAUCUUCUGUGGCAGAAGUCUUCAAAUGCAGGCUUUGAGUCUAGUUUCUGCACCACAACGGGAUUGAAGCCCCUCACUGUGACAGGCAGGAAGACUGAAGAGGUGCCAUGAAGGUGCUGAAUUCCAGAUCUGCCUUCUACCUGGGCUUCCUAGUAGGUUCCUGCACACUGUACUUCUUUCUGAGAGAGGUGUGGUUUGAGCAGAACUUCGGCCUGUGGCGCAGUGGCCAGGGGGAUGACUCUGUGUUGACGACUGACGACCCCAACUGGAAGGUGGAGGGUUCUGCUCUCAUCAACCUGAAUCACCCUCAUCAUACAGGGGAAGACAGUCGUUUUGCAGAUGAGCUCUAUAAAAAGGUGCGUAUCCUGUGCUGGGUUAUGACGGGGCCCAGCAACCUACAGUCGAAGGCCCGUCACGUGAAAGCAACAUGGAGUCGACAUUGCAACACUGUACUCUUCAUGAGCUCAGUGGAAGACCGCAGCUUCCCCGCCAUUGGCCUCGACACGGGAGAAGGCCGCGACCAGCUUUAUUGGAAGACCAUCCGUGCCUUCCACUAUGCUCUGAAGAACCACAGGGAUGACGCAGACUGGUUCCUGAAAGCUGAUGAUGACACCUUUGUGGUAGUGGACAACCUGCUGGAUCUGUCCAAUUACUCCUCUGAAGAGCCGAUCUACUUUGGCAAGCGCUUCAAGCCCUACGCCAAGCAAGGCUACAUGAGCGGAGGAGCAGGUUACGUGCUCAGUAAAGAAGCACUGCGGAGGUUUGUGAAGGGGUUUAGCACCAAAGUGUGCACUCACACUACCUCGGUGGAGGACCUGGCCAUGGGCCAGUGUUUGGAGAAGAUGGGCGUGCUGGCAGGAGACUCUAGAGAUACGCUACACCGGGAAACAUUUCACCCAUUCAUUCCUGAGCACCAUCUUGUCGGCAAGUUCUCCAAAAGCUUCUGGUACUGGAACUACUGCUACUAUCCUAUUGUAGAGGGCCCACAGUGCUGCUCUGAUCUCGCUGUGUCCUUCCAUUAUGUGGACGCUGAGCUGAUGUACACUCUAGAGUACUACACUUACCAUCUGCGACCAUAUGGCUACCAGCACCGCUACAAACCUCCGGAACCAUCCAUCCUCAACACUGUAGCCCAGACUGAGAGGACAGUGAUGGGCACUGUGAAAGUCUCUCAGCCAGUAGCAGAGGAACCAAAUGCAUCCAAAAAUCAGGACAAUCAGGAAUUAGAUGGACAUACAGAAACGCACACAGUGGCAAAAGCGGCUCCAGAGAGAAAGCGGGCAGACAACAGCACUGCCCCAAUGCAGGAGAGCCAAGGCUAGCCUCAAGAGGCUGAUAUGAUUAUAUUGUACGUGGACGACAGGGAAUGUAUACACAGACAAUAUACGGAAAAUAGCAUUGUUAGAGGGACCUUAGCCAUCUAUUAGCAUUGUCAUAUCAACACUCAUUGUCUCUGUGACAAUGAGUUUAUUUUGUGUUCUUCCUGUGGUUCAUUCACCUCUUAUAUUCUGCGUUUGUGUUUGCUGGUUCAGGGAGAGAAAGCUACUCAUGAAAUAUACUGUGCAGAUGAUGAUGCAUAAUGUAGCUGGACAUACUGGAUCCUCCUGCACUGCAGCAUAAGAUUUACAGCAAAAAACGAAAAUAUUUUUGUAUUGAGAAACUGGAAACUGCUGAUGGUGGAAACUGAGCAUACGGUUGGUGAAUAAAAUAUUUUUUAAGUCAAAGUCACCUCAUUGAGCACCAAAUUCCAUUUCAGCUACAAAAUAACGGA